GUACGUUUUCAAGUGUCUGCAGAGAGCUGCCUAGACUUCAGGCGCAGCAGAGAUUCGAGCAGAGACCAGGCCAUUGCAAGCUUGAAGUUGAAGGUCGAGGACGCAAAUCUGUCUAGGACUAUCUCAGGGGGCGAGCAGCAUAGCACAGGUGCAUAGAGGGCUUGGGAUAAGAUCUGCUGGUCGCCGAGCAUGUCUCGCCGUCAUGAUUUGGAGGCAGUUGCAGCUGCAAUAAGCGCCCUUGCAGCAGGCAAUGGAGUUUUCCUUGGCCUGGGAUUUGCUGUUGUUGCAUACACCAGCUGGAGCCGCUCGAGACACUCUGCCGCAGCGUUGAAAAAGGUCGAGUCCACACCUGUGACGCCGCUGUCUGAUGUCAAAAGUCUGCUGGAAGGGCCAGGCAAAGGCAACCAGUCCGGAAGCAGUUCGGAGGGUGCUCCUGCCAGGUCAGACAGCUCGGGCCACCUUGGACCAUCAGACUUGUCAACUGGCCCAACGUUUGCAAUUGUCCGGGGUGAAGUGCAGCCGAGGGCUGGGUGGAAGUUUUACGGAGGCCAAGAUGAAGUGCCCUUGAGAAGCGAGUUCGCACCAGAAGAAGCGGCCAGAUGUGUUAUUACAAGGAAGACACAGACGUAUGGACACAUUGAAUUGGAUGGAAGCUUCCGAGUUAGAGAAGCCCCAAUGAGUGACCUUCUCAAACAGAUUCCAUUUGUCUUGAGAGACUCCCGGGCGCGAGAUACUCGUCUUCACGUGGACUGGCUUGGGUCGCCCAAGGAUGGGUUGCCCCUCGAGUGCGUCUACCGACACUUCCAGCCAGGGGCGGCGUCAGGAACGCAAGCCUUCAUCUUCCUCGUGUUUGGCCAGAGCUGUCCGGUCGGGGUUGUCACAGAAGAACGAGUCCUGAAAGUGGGGACAGAGUUGACGGCCCUUGGGCAUCUGUACAAGUCGGGAGAUGGAUUGAGCAUUCGGCCAGCUGGCAGCAUGCCUCUCUUCCUGACACGGAUGACCAAGGACGAGGUCGUCGCAGCUCUGAAAAUCGAACGCCUGUUCCACCGCUGGACUGGGAUACUGACGGGUCUUCUAGCAGGCGGCAUCUUUGCAUAUGCGACGGGGCGGUUAUGCUUCCGGGUGUACAGGGAGUGGAAGCGACGUCGGAACUUGUACCGAAACCCGCGGCCCCCCGGGUCUUCUGUCGCGCAGCAGGCGGCAAGCCCACCAGAGCCCGUCAAUGACGACGAAGAUGACGUGGCACCGCCAGGAGAGGCUUGCGUGGUCUGCUUGACGAGGACGCGGAGAGCCGUCUUCCUCAACUGUGGGCACCGAGCAGCUUGCUUCCCUUGCGCACAGCGUGUGGCCGAUGGUCGGGGGAUCUGCCCUCUGUGUCGACAAGCUAUCGUGGGGGUUGUGCGCGUUUAUGACCCCUGAUUGGAGAAGGUUCUCGGAAGCUUAUGCUUUGCAAGGGCAGCUCGUAAGAUGCGCUUACCCAGGAGCUUGACUCAUCCCUGUAAGGGAGCUUUGCUCGGACGUGCUGAUUGUCAAAUCGUUGCUGAAUCUUAUUUGAUAGCGGUGUAUCAUGUUGAACGAGUCGUCUUGGACUCUUUGAAGCAAGUACAAUGGAUCAAUAUGUGUACUUUACAGGCAGAUUCUGACAGAAGGGUAUAGAGGAACUAGUCGUUAGGGAAGCGUCUAACAUAGUGCGUACCAGGUUAAGCUAGUGCCCGGCGACACUCGGUUGAGCUGUCUCUUUCAUCGAAAUAUGCUCGUGACUGCACGUCGGAUGUGCGAGCGUGCAGUUAUGCAGCCAAAUGAGGUUUACAGUUGAAUUUCUAGGACCAUCGUUCACCAAUGCGGUUGAUUGCCGAAGUUUGUACAUCCAACUUUACUUCAUUCUGGAUAUGAG